CGCUAGGUGUACUCAGCCACACAUUGAAGUCUGAAGUCUAGAAAGAACGGACCUGCCGUAAGACCGCUGUCAACGACGUGACAGAGCUGACGUGUGUUUCAUCUGGCACGCAUGUACAUGUUGUAAAUUUGCAAACAUUCACCUGCGAUCCAAUACAGUUUAAUAUCACUGAUAUCAUUAAUCGUUUGUAAUAUUUUACCGUAUAAAAUAUGUUAAAAUACGCUUGCUCUUUUAUCCUGUUUCUAUGCACUUUCAAGUUCGGGACUGGUCUGUAUUUUCACAUUGGUGAGACAGAGCGAAAAUGCUUCAUCGAAGAGAUUCCCGACGAUACUACAGUCUUAGUAAAUUACAAAGUGGAACUCUAUGAUCCCAGAAGUGGAGGUUUUAUGCCAAGCAGCCCUGGUAUUGGAAUGCAUGUUGAAGUAAAAGAUUCAGAUGACAAACCUAUACUUUCUAGAGUUUAUAGUUCUGAAGGACGAAUCUCCUUUACCUCACAUACCCCAGGAGAACAUGUUAUUUGCUUGUAUUCCAAUAGUAGUGCAUGGUUCAGUGGCAGUCAGUUGAGAGUGCAUCUUGAUAUUCAAGUAGGGGAACAUGCAAUUGAUUAUGCUAAUGUGGCACAGAAAGAAAAAUUAUCGGAACUUCAACUUAGAAUACGUCAGCUCCUAGAUCAAGUUGGACAAAUAACCAAGGAACAAAAUUACCAAAGGUACCGAGAAGAACGAUUUAGGCAAACAUCAGAAAGCACUCAUCGUCGUGUGUUCUGGUGGUCCCUUACACAGACUGCAGUUGUUAUAAUUAUGGGUGCAUGGCAAAUGAAGCAUCUUAAGAGCUUUUUCGAAGCAAAGAAAUUAGUUUAAUUUUGUAAGACGUGAUUAUUUAAGCAAAACAUCAAUUAAAUCAUUAAAUUUCAUUUUUGUAGAUUAUUAAAUUUCAUUUCAGAUAAAAUUUAUAUUACAACAAAUUUUUCGAUAUAUCGUAUAUUGAACAAUUUUAAACACAUUUUGUAUGAAAAUGUCAGUUACAUUGUAAGAAAAUUUGACAUUAUUGUCUAAAAUAAUUGAUAAAUUGCUUGUGUAUGAUGAUGUGAUAAAAAUAAAAGAAUAGCUUCUCACACACAUACAUAUAUAAAAUAUA